AUGUCCCAAAACAAGGGAGAAUCGGGAUGUGUGCCGACGAAUUUGAAAGCUUUGAUCCAUCCGCUGGUCGUCAUGCAGAUUUCCGAGCAUUUUUCGAGGCUCAGGGUCCAGGAGAAGGUUCAGGACCUUAGGGUGUGUUUUUACUAUUGUUAUUUUUGAAAAAGUAGGAAGAAAUAAUGAAAAGUUAUGUUUUAGAUGAUAAUUAUCAUAUUGGUUUGUUUUUUUUUGGCUUCAAAAAAAAUUUUCAGUGAAGUAAAGCUUAUAAUUCUGAUCAGCUCAUCAUUUUUUGAUAAAUAAACGUUUUUUAUUUUGAAUUUUUAAUAAAAGAUCCCCUCCAAGUAUAACUGUUGCAUUAGUUUUUUGAAAUUGAUGGGAAAAUAUUUUUUUUUUGAAGCCUUGAAUUUUUUGAAGGACCUUGUCAAAGGUUAGAAAGGGUAUAAAGCUACUGAGCUGGGAAAACUUUUAGUGGCCACUAUAGUAGUCAAAUUAGUGGCCACCAUAGGGGUCAAAGGAUCAACAUAACUGGUCCCAUCUGUUUGUUUUAAAAUUAUCAGAGUUACUGGAAGGAAUACUGAAUGAAAAACUACUGAAGUGGCCACUAAAACGAAAAAUAGUGGCCACUUUAGUGUCCUCUCCAUGUCCUCUCCUUGCCAAGCCCCUACAGGGCCACAAUUUUCCGAGGUGUUCAACUAAAAUUUUGAUCAAAUAACAUUAUUCGUUUCUUUUCAUAGUGUCCCUAGGAAAAAUCGAAUUUCUAAGCCAAUUUCGUCCCAGUAAAUUCCCAAAAAUCCCCAAACAGCCGCAUUUUAAAGGUGUACGGCGCUGUGCUAGGCCGUCAGAGCGGCAGAACGGUCGAAAUGAUCAACUCGUUCGCCUUCAAAAUGUACACCGAUGAGACGACCGGCCGGGAAUCCUUCAAUCUGGCUCAUUUCGAAGCCCGCGCCAGGCAGUGUAAUCCGAAAAAUUGCCUCAAAAUGAGUAAUUUCGUACCAUUUUGAGACGCCGAAGUGUUCCCCGAAAUCAGUGUCGUCGGCGUUUAUUGCACCGGCUCCGAAGCGGAGUUAAUCGAAGUCGAUCGGAACGUCCUGACGACGUUCAGUCAGCUGAAAGCCACGGAUUCGCCGGUUUUAUUGAAGAUGAACACGGCGACCGGCGGGAAUGAUCGCAGGGUUUCAAAAAGAAAUGAAAAAGGAAAAAGGAUUGAGAUUUUAGUUGCCGCUGUACGUCUUCGAAGGCGAUUCUAGUGCUACUGAAGAGAAACCGGGCAAUUUGGCGAUUGCCGAAUGGCAACUGAUUCUGGAGAAUAGCGAACGCGUCGGAGUGAAUCAUAUCGCCAAGUUCGUGAAAAAGGAUUAAAAUUAUUUUUUGAUUAAUGAUCUGGAAAAAGCAUAUUUAUAACUUGAUUUUAUCAAAACUUUUAAGAAAUCCUUGACUCGAGUAGUUUAAAAAAAAAGGUUUUGAUUUUUUUUUUCCAAAAUUGUGAUUCGAAUAUUUGGAAAAAAAUACUGAUAACGUAAGUUUUUUUCAAAGCUUCAAAAAAAUUUUUGAUUCAAGCUGUUCAAAAAAAUAUGUAACCUUGACAUUUUCAAAACACCAAAAAAACUUUGAUUCGAGUAAUUUUUUUAGUAAAACUAAAGAGAAAAAGAGGCUUUAAAUUGCUCUUCUUCAGUUUUUUUCUGUCAAAUAAUUUUGCUUUUUAUUUUUUUCUAGUGAAGACUUUACCAUUCCAUUUUUUUGACCGAGAGACGUGAAAUGCGGAAUUUUUCACUUUAUUAAACCCAUUUUUCCAAGUUCCAAUGACAAGAUUUACAGGAAUGAGGUUUUUUUUUAGAUCAGCAAAUAAAUUUUAAAAAAAGAGUCGAAAAGAGAGAACACAGAAGAAAAUUUUAGCCCGAAAAAAAGGUGUUAAAAAUAGCCAAAUUUCAAAUUUUAUUCUUUUUGAAAAAUCUGCAGAACAUUCAUUUUCAUAUAUUGGACAAUUUUUUUCCGCCUUUUACGAUAAUUUUAUAUAUUAUAAUUUAUCGAAAAAAAUUUUUCUUACUCGGGUGAAGCGAAAGAAAGAGAUGAGACGAGAGUUGCUUUGAAAUUAAAUUUAAAAAAAGAUUUUUCGAAAAAAACCAGUUCGAAAUAAUGAAAUGAAUUGUUAAAUCAAGAUAAUCAUGACAGCUAAAAUUCGAAAAAAAUUCGAAAGACCUUUUUUGAUGUUCAAUCGAUUUUUGAAGGCUCUCAACCAAAGACGGCCAAGAAACAGGCUCCGCCAACGCCAAACAGUACAGGUCCCAAAAAUCUGCGAUCGAUAUGCUGGUCAGCCGGAUUGAGGUACAGAAAAACUGUUAAACAAAGAAAUAAAAAGAGAAUUUUCAGCUCAUUUUGGCUUAUCUGGCUGAAGUUGAAGCCGGCCGGCUGCCGAUUGAUUUGGAGAUUUUGAGAGAGGCAAAUUUGCUCACCCAAAGACUGAGGAUGAUGGUCCGACACGCGACCGAGUACAAAAAUGAGUUUGAUAAGGUUUGGGAAGAGAAAAUGACAAUUAAUAAUGGUUUCCGUGUACUUUAGGGUCAUUUAACGAAAACUAGUGUUGUAAAAUGAUUUAUAUGGCCUCCAAGAAAGCUAUUUUCUUAUUAAUUUCAUAUUUUAAAAGUAAAAAAACCGAUUUUUUCUGAAAAAAAUAAGUUAUAAUAAUUAUUUUUUCACUUUGAGGAGGAGAAAGAGUUGACGAUCUACUCGCUCUUGCCAAAAAUCACGUCGCUGAUGGGGGCUUAUGCACAGGUUUGUGUUGAAAAAAAUGAAUUUUUUUACAUUGAAAAAUAAUCAAACGUACUUUUCUAACAGCUUCGUGGAGACGGAGAAAAAAAUUUUAAAUAAUUGAUUGGGAAAAAAAUUGGACCUUUAUCGGAAAAAAAUUUUUUUUGAACGAAGUUUUUAUUCAAAAAGUUUCCAGUAGUUUUACAAUUUUUUUGUUUUUUUAAGGUCUUUUGCGACGAAAUUUAAGGCAAUAGUUUCUCCUUCAGAAACAAUAAAAUUUAUUAUAGUCUGUUCAGAUUUUGAAUGUCAAGCAGCUGACUCCACCCCCAAGGCUACAAUAUCUUUCGCGUCAAUGUUUUAUCUACAUAUGCCAAUGGCCCUUUAAUAAGGCUGCUUUUUUGACCUCUUUUUCUAUCUUUUAGAUCGAAAAAGAUCAAAAUUAGUCCCGCGGGAUGAAACAUCGACGCGAAAAGGUACCGUCUCAGCAGAGGCGGAGUUAGCUGGUUGACAUUCAAAAUCUGAACAGACCAUAGGCUAUGUUGAGCUUUGUGUUCAUCGAUUUACAUGUUUCCUUUUUCAAAGUAGUUUCUGCAAAAUAUGGAAUUAUCUCUACCUUUCCAAAAUUCAGUUAUUCUUUAUAUAUUCUGACGGCUAUUUUGAAAUCGGCGGAAUCACUUUGAACACGGCAUAACAAAAGUUAUUCCGGCGAAAAUACAGCUCUCAAAAUUUUCAAGAAGACCAAAAUUUUAAUAAAACCGUGAAAGCUAGUUAAACCAAGAUGCAGCUCUCAUAAAGAAGCAGACCAAAAUGCAGCUCUCAAAAAGUUGAGCAGACCCAAAUGCAGCUCUCAAAAAGUUAAGCAGACCCAAAUGCAGCUCUCAAAAAGUUAAGCAGACCCAAAUGCAGCUCUCAAAAAUUUAAGCAGACCAAAAUGCAGCUCUCAAAAAUUUAAGCAGACCAAAAUGCAGCUCUCAAAAAUUUAAGCAGACCAAAAUGCAGCUCUCAAAAUUUUAAGCAGACCAAAAUGCAGCUCUCAAAAAGUUUAGCAGACCAAUAUUCCAAUAAAACCGUGAAGUCGGUUUAAAAUGCAGCUCUCAAAAAGUUAUAAGCAGACCAAAUAGCAAUUUGCAAAUUCGGAACUCAGAAAGCUCUCUUUUUCCUAUGACAAGGCCAGAAUAAGCUUUGGAGAUGUUGGAAAAUUGAAAAAUCCUUCUGGACCUCUUUAUAAUCAUCGUUUUUAUAGGAAAAAACGCCAUUUCAAAAAAUACAGGGCAAUCAGAUAAUAUUAAAAUUAUCAAUGUUCUUUUCAGGUCGGAGCCAAAUUAUCAAUCGCCAGGUACGAAGCGACUUACCCGACGGCUGGCAUCUCGGCUCCUCGAGGGGCUUACAACGCUUUCGCCAAACAAUUGCCUCGUAUGGUAGCUUUCCCUGGGGUCAAUAAGUUUCCUGUGUCGUCUAUUAAUUUUUUAAAGGCAUAUGGUCAGUAGAAAAAAAUUAUUUUUGAGGAAAAAAAGGCUACAUUUUAAAGUUUUUUUCAUUAUAUUUUUUUAACGAUUCACUUGAGAUUGUACGAAAUUUUCUUAAAAAAAUAUGAUUUUUAAUUGAAAAUAAUUUUGAAAUCCCACUCUUGCGGAAACGUUGCGAAAGGUUUUUUUCAUUUUCAACCGAUUAAAAAUUUUCUUUUUGCUGUAUAAAAUCUCCGCCAUGAAAGCUUACGGAAAAAAUGUGACUAUGAAAAUUUUGGCUACGGAAUCUUACUUUCAAAAUUUUCAGCUUACGGUUUUUGAAGUGAUUUUGGGUAGUUGAGUAACGUCAAAGUUGAGCCCGAAAGUUGAUAUUUUGCAGUUUCAAGUAGAUUUCGGAAAAUACAAUGAAGAGAUCUACAUUAGGGCAUUGAAUUAUUUUCUACUGACCAUAUUCCUUUACGCUUCUAAAUUUACUUCUUUUCUAUAAUUUUUGACAAAAUAGUGGUGAAUAGAGAAAGGUCGUAUACGAUAAAGGUGAUUUUCCGACAUUUUCCUGGAACUUCGGGAAGCGCUGGACUACCCAAAAAUUAAAUUACCUUUUAAGAAAGUUUUAAAAAGGUAUACGAAAGAACAGUUUUGCCUUUUCCAAGUUUUAGAAAAAUGAAGGAAGAUAUUUUCUCACUUUAUUGCAUACGACCUCUUAUAACAGAAAAUAAUUCUGAUUUCCUCCCGACAGACUGAGGACGACGACGAGGAGGAAGAAGAGGAGUCGGAACGAGGUCCGCGACGCAAGAUCCACGCGGCGGAUUCGCCGGCGAUAUCGUCGUCGACGACGCCGCCGCUCUCCGAUCGCACGCCUCCACCAGCUCUAGAUCUUCUCUCUGCGACAUCGUCGUCGCCGACUUCAGAAGAUCCGACGGCGAUUCCAGCGGCCGCCGCCGCGACUGACGUCCCCGACGCCCCGAUGCCUUCCGCCUCCUCGGCUGCCACUUCUUCCGAUGUUUAA